AUGGCAAAAUAUCUGAAGUUCAUUGCCAGGACAGUGAUGGUACAGGAAGGAAACGUGGAAGGGGCCUACAGGACUCGCAGCAGAAUCCUCACCAUGGACGGACUCACUGAGGACAUCAAGCGAAGGCAGUAUUAUAAGAAGCCGUGCCGCAGGAGACAGCGGGAACGCUACGAAAACUGCCAAAGGAUCUACAAUACGGAAAUGACUGGAAAGAUCAACUUCUUGAUGUGGAAAAAUCGGAAAGAUCCUUGCUGA